GCCUCACAGGCCCUCUUUCUCGUUCGCCACCGCGCUUGCAAGGCCACCCCGUCUCCGACCUGGGCCCGAUCGCAGCAACAAGCAACCAUGGUGGAAAAGACGAAGAUCCGUAAGGACGAGGUCGUUACUCGUGAGUACACCAUCAAUCUUCACAAGAGGCUGCAUGGCUGCACCUUCAAGAAGAUGGCGCCCAAGGCAGUGAAGGAGAUCAGGAAGUUUGCCCAAAAGACAAUGGGAACCAGUGAUGUGAGACUUGAUGUCAAGUUGAACAAGCACAUUUGGAGCCGGGGUGUCCGCAACGUCCCCACCAGGGUGCGAGUGCGUAUUGCCAGGAAGCGCAAUGAUGACGAGGAUGCCAAGGAGGAGUUGUACUCUUAUGUCUCCGUUGCCGAGGUGCCAGCAGUUGGGUUUAGGAAUUUGGGAACCAAGGUCGUAGAGGAGGAGGAAUAGAGUUCUUAUUCCCCGCCCGUGUUAGAGCUUGCGACAUGAAGAAGUACUCGUUCCUAUCGAUUCGUGUUUUCUUCUGUCCGACGGACAUUGCAUUUAAGACCUGUAAAAGAGGUAACUCUUAAAUCGACUUCUUUCAGGCACUUAUCGCCUCCACUGGUGUUCUA